UAAGGUAUAACCUGAGCAACUUUAAGUUCUAGAGAGACAAUUACUACCAGACCGUGAGACUCGUAAGAGACUAGUGGAGCCAUGCUGAGAGGCCUGUUUCAGAGGAAACCCAAACAUGAGAGACUGGAGGAGGAACCUGAGGUCAAAUUCAAAGGCUUGCUGGUGUCAGAGCGAGACCUGGGAUAUACUUACGUUCGACCUGGAGGCUCCGACUACUCUCCUCCACCCCCCCUUCCUCCCCCCGUCCUGAGCAACGAGCACAGUGGAAGUGGUAGCCAUGGUGACCACGGUGGAGGAGGGGGCGGGGUCAACCACGGGUUAGGGGUGGUGGGCCUGGCCCCGGAGCACAUCGCCACACCGGGGGCAGCCCUGAGCUGGCAGGCGGCCAUCGACGCUGCACGGCAGGCAAAGAUGAUGGGCAACGCCGCGUCGGGCGGAGGGGCGGGGCUUGGGUCGGGAGGGGGCGGGCCCAUCUCCACGGCCAGCUCCACGCAAAGGAAGAGACAACACUAUAGCUCUAAGCCCAAGAAACAGACAACAACGACAGCCACAAGGCCGCCUCGGGCCCUACUUUGUCUCACACUCAAGAACCCCAUCCGCAGGGCCUGCAUCAGCAUCGUGGAGUGGAAACCGUUUGAGAUCAUCAUCCUGAUGACCAUUUUCGCCAACUGUGUGGCCUUAGCCGUCUACAUCCCCUUCCCUGAGGAUGACUCAAACGCCACCAACUCCAACCUGGAGCGUGUGGAGUAUCUGUUUCUCAUCAUUUUCACGGUGGAGGCAUUCUUAAAGGUAAUAGCCUACGGCCUGCUCUUCCACCCCAACGCUUACCUGAGGAACGGAUGGAAUCUGCUUGACUUCAUCAUCGUAGUCGUAGGGUUAUUCAGUGCCAUCUUAGAGCAGGCCACCAAGGGGGACGGUGCCACUCCUAUUGGAGGGAAGGCAGCGGGCUUCGAUGUCAAGGCUCUACGGGCGUUUAGAGUACUCAGACCCCUCAGACUGGUCUCUGGAGUACCCAGUUUACAGGUAGUGUUGAACUCCAUAAUCAAAGCCAUGGUUCCUCUGCUCCAUAUCGCCCUGCUUGUUCUCUUCGUCAUCAUCAUCUAUGCCAUCAUCGGCCUGGAGCUCUUCAUGGGCAAGAUGCACAAAACCUGCACACACCAGAAUACAGGCACCAUUGCGGAGGAAAAGCCGGCACCGUGUGCACCUGAUGGAGCUUACGGUCGCCACUGUAAAUACAACGGAACAGAGUGCAGAGUGGGAUGGGAGGGCCCAAACGAUGGCAUCACCAACUUUGACAACUUCGCCUUUGCCAUGUUGACGGUGUUCCAGUGUAUAACCAUGGAGGGCUGGACGGACGUUCUGUACUGGAUGCAGGAUGCUAUGGGCUAUGAGCUGCCAUGGGUCUAUUUUGUCUCUCUCGUCAUCUUCGGCUCCUUUUUCGUUCUCAAUCUCGUUCUGGGGGUGUUGAGCGGAGAGUUUUCCAAGGAGAGAGAGAAGGCCAAGGCACGUGGUGACUUCCAGAAACUCAGAGAAAAACAGCAACUGGAGGAGGACCUCAAGGGCUAUUUAGACUGGAUCACUCAGGCUGAAGACAUUGACCCAGAGAAUGAAGAGGAGGGCAUGGACGAUGACAAACCUAGAAACCGUAAGAAUCAGCGUUUUCAAUCUCUUCGUGGAGCCGUGAAGAAAAAUGCGGCUUUCCUUCUGAGCAUGCCAGCCAGUGAGAACGAAUCAGUCAACACAGAUAACGCCCCAGGGGGAGACGUGGAGGGAGAGACCUGCUGUACCCGCCUAGCAAAUAGGAUCUCCAAAUCCAAGUUCAGUCGAUACUCUCGGAGGUGGAACAGGCUGUGUAGGAGGAAGUGCCGGGCAGGGGUCAAAUCACAGGUUUUCUAUUGGCUGGUCAUCUUCCUGGUUUUCCUCAACACUCUGACCAUUGCCUCUGAACAUCACCAGCAGCCUCAAUGGCUAACCGAUGUACAAGACAUAGCUAACACUGUGUUGUUAGCACUCUUCACUGGUGAGAUGCUGUUGAAGAUGUACAGUCUGGGUCUGCAGGCAUACUUUGUUUCGCUCUUCAAUCGCUUCGACAGCUUUGUAGUAUGUGGCGGAAUUCUUGAGACCAUUCUGGUAGAAACCAAGAUCAUGUCUCCUCUCGGCAUCUCUGUGUUACGUUGCGUACGCUUGCUUCGAAUCUUCAAAAUUACUAGAUAUUGGAACUCCCUGUCCAACCUGGUGGCCUCCCUGCUAAACUCUGUUCGCUCUAUUGCUUCCCUGCUGCUCCUGCUCUUCCUCUUCAUCAUCAUCUUCUCACUGCUCGGCAUGCAGCUCUUUGGGGGAAAAUUCAACUUCGACGAGACCAGACGCAGUACCUUUGACAACUUUCCACAGUCUCUGCUCACUGUGUUUCAGAUCCUAACAGGAGAGGACUGGAACUCUGUUAUGUAUGAUGGUAUCAUGGCAUACGGUGGACCGUCCUUCCCCGGCAUGCUGGUCUGCAUCUACUUCAUCAUCCUCUUCAUCUGCGGAAACUAUAUCCUACUGAAUGUCUUCUUGGCCAUUGCUGUUGACAAUCUGGCAGACGCUGAGAGCCUGACAUCUGCCCAGAAAGAAGAGGAAGAGGAGAAGGAGAGGAAAAAGCUGGCCAGGUUGGCCAGUCCAGAGAAGCGGCAUGCCAACGAGAAGCCGCCUUUGAAGGAGGAGAAGAAGAAAGAGAAGAUAGAGUUGAAGUCCAUUACUUCUGAUGGAGAGACCAACACUGCUACUAAGAUUACCAUGGAUGACUACUGUGGUGAUGAGAGUGAAGAGAAGAACCCAUAUCCUGCCAGUGAUUACAUAGGAGACGAGGACGACGAAGAGCCAGAGAUGCCAGUAGGCCCAAGGCCGCGGCCUCUCUCUGACAUUCAGUUGAAGGAGAAAGCCAUUCCCAUGCCUGAGGCCCGUGCUUUCUUCAUCUUCAGCCACACCAACCAAUUCAGGGUUCUGUGCCAUAAGAUCGUCAACCACAACAUCUUCACCAACCUCAUCCUCUUCUUCAUCCUGCUCAGCAGCAUCAGUCUAGCAGCAGAGGACCCGGUCAAGAACGACUCCUUCAGAAACCAGAUCCUAGGCUAUGCAGACCACGUCUUCACUGGACUCUUCACUAUAGAGAUUAUUCUUAAGAUGACAGCAUAUGGGGCAUUCCUCCAUAAAGGUUCAUUCUGUAGAAACUAUUUCAAUAUUCUGGACCUGGUGGUGGUCAGUGUGUCCCUCAUCUCCUCUGGAAUACAGUCCAGUGCAAUUAAUGUGGUGAAGAUCUUGAGAGUGCUGCGAGUGCUUAGACCACUGAGGGCCAUCAAUAGAGCCAAAGGACUAAAGCAUGUAGUGCAGUGCGUGUUUGUGGCCAUCCGGACCAUUGGCAACAUUGUCAUCGUUACCACGUUACUCCAGUUCAUGUUUGCCUGCAUUGGAGUACAACUCUUUAAGGGCAAGUUUUUCUACUGUAGCGACAGCUCUAAACAAACUCAUGCAGAAUGCAGGGGUUACUACAUUAUGUAUAAGGAUGGUGAUGUGGGGAAGCCUGAAAGAUCCGAAAGAAAAUGGGAGAACAGUGACUUUAACUUUGACAAUGUCCUGCAAGGCAUGAUGGCUCUGUUUGCUGUGUCUACCUUCGAGGGCUGGCCAGGAUUACUGUACCGGGCAAUAGACUCUCACACUGAGGAUGUUGGGCCCAUCUACAACUACCGCGUGGUCAUCUCCAUCUUCUUUAUCAUCUACAUCAUCAUCAUUGCCUUCUUCAUGAUGAACAUCUUCGUCGGUUUUGUUAUCGUGACAUUCCAGGAGCAAGGAGAGCAAGAAUAUAAGAACUGUGAGCUGGACAAGAACCAGCGUCAAUGUGUGGAGUAUGCUUUGAAGGCACGUCCGCUGCGUCGAUACAUCCCCAAGAACCCUUACCAGUACAAGGUGUGGUAUGUGGUCAACUCCACCUACUUUGAGUACCUGAUGUUCACACUCAUCCUUCUCAACACCAUAUGUCUGGCCAUGCAGCAUCAUGGACAGACGAAAAAUUUCAAUGAUGCCAUGAACAUCCUGAACAUGCUCUUCACUGGACUCUUUACUGUGGAGAUGAUCCUUAAACUGAUUGCCUUCAAACCCAGGGGGUACUUUAGUGAUCCCUGGAAUGUGUUUGAUUUCCUCAUCGUAAUUGGCAGCAUAAUAGACGUCAUUCUCAGUGAGAUCAACCCAGCUGACUCCUCCUCGUCCUCGUCCUCCUCCUCUUCGCCCUCCUCUUCUUCGCGUUCCUCCUCCUCUUCCUCCUCUCACCCCCCUGUGGUAAGGCCAAUGGUACGCUCCAACGGUAACCUCGUACGCCUCCCUACCUCCUCCACCAUCCCUCCAUCCCUCCAUCCUUCCAUCCCUCCUUCUGCUACAGCAAACAUGGGACUGCAGAACUCUGAAGAGAACGCCAGGAUCUCCAUCACCUUCUUCCGGCUGUUCCGCGUGAUGAGGCUGGUGAAGCUGCUGUCUCGCGGGGAAGGGAUUCGGACCCUGCUGUGGACCUUCAUCAAAUCCUUCCAAGCUCUGCCCUACGUAGCUCUGCUUAUAGUGAUGCUAUUCUUCAUAUACGCUGUCAUCGGCAUGCAGAUGUUUGGUAAGAUAGCGCUGCGGGACCACACACAGAUCAACAGGAACAACAAUUUUCAGACGUUCCCUCAGGCAGUGCUGCUGCUCUUCAGAUGUGCAACAGGUGAGGCAUGGCAGGAGAUCAUGCUGGCGUGCUCGCCCGAUCGGCCGUGUGAGAAAGGAUCAACCAAUGAGAACAACACAGCUAACGAGGACUGUGGCAGCCAGUUUUCCAUUAGUUACUUUGUCAGCUUCUACAUGCUUUGUGCCUUUCUGAUCAUAAACCUGUUUGUGGCUGUCAUCAUGGACAACUUUGACUACCUGACACGUGAUUGGUCGAUCCUGGGGCCGCAUCAUCUUGACGAAUUCAAGAGGAUCUGGGCUGAAUAUGACCCAGAGGCUAAGGGGAGAAUAAAGCACCUGGAUGUUGUGACUCUGCUGCGGAGAAUCCAGCCUCCCCUCGGCUUUGGAAAGCUCUGUCCACACAGGGUGGCCUGCAAGCGUCUGGUGUCAAUGAACAUGCCUUUGAACAGUGAUGGAACAGUGAUGUUCAAUGCCACGCUGUUUGCCCUGGUCAGAACAGCACUCAGGAUCAAGACAGAUGGUAACCUAGAGCAGGCCAAUGAGGAACUGAGGUCAAUAGUGAAGAAGAUCUGGAAGAGAACCAGCAUGAAGCUCUUGGAUCAAGUAGUGCCCCCGGCUGGAGAUGAUGAGGUAACAGUUGGGAAGUUCUACGCUACCUUCCUCAUCCAAGAAUAUUUCCGCAAGUUUAAGAAGAGGAAAGAACAGGGGCUGGUGGCCAAGGUGGCCCCCAAAACGGCCCUUUCUCUGCAGGCGGGCCUGCGGACUUUGCAUGACAUCGGUCCAGAGAUUCGGAGGGCCAUCUCUGGAGACCUGACCGUGGAGGAGGAGCCGGAUAAAGGCCUGAAGGAGCCUGUGUCAGCUGCAUCCGAGGACGAUAUCUUCAGGGUAAAGCGUACCGGUGGGUUGUUCAGCAACCACGUCAACUACUACAACCAGAGUGAUGGCCACAGUUCCUUCCCACAGUCCUUCACUACCCAGCGUCCCUUGCAUAUCAGCCAGAAGGGCUCCCCUUGCGAAGGCGAGAGCCCAUCCCACGAGAAGCUUAUGGACUCGACCACUUUCACCCCUUCCUCUUACUCUUCAUCAGGCUCCAACGCGAACAUCAACAAUGCCAACAACACUAGCAUGGUUGGGGUGACAACCCAGGGCAUCAGUCGAUUCCCAAGCCCGUCCAUUAGCACUGUGGACGGGCACACAGGACAGCCGCUCACCCCUGUCCUGCUGCCAAGAUCUGCAUGGUGCUUUCCUCCAAAGAGGACGUGUUUUUAUGACACCUUCAUGCGCUCGGACUUAAGUGACAGCCGUCUGCCAAUCAUCCGAAGAGGCGAGGGGUCAGCUGAGGAGACGUACGAUGAGAGCUACGGCGACGACAGGGAGUACCACGAAGACGACCAUUCGCUCUCCUCUGACAUGCUGGUGUAUCAUGAUGAGACAUGUAAGCAGUUGACUCCCAUGGAGGAAGGAGAUGAGGUAGAAGACAGAAGAGGAGGAGGAGGGUGGCAGUCUCCCAGGAGAGUCUUCCUCUGCCCCUCUUCUCUGGGGCGGAGAUCGUCCUUCCAUCUGGAGUGUCUCAGGAGACAGUCAAAGCCAGACAUCUCCCAGAAGACGAGUGUACCGCUACAUCUUGUACAUCAUCAGGCUCUGGCAGUUGCAGGGUUGAGUCCUCUGCUAAGAAGGAGUCACUCCCCUACCCUCUUCAGCCAACUGUGCUCCACGCCUCCAGCCAGUCCCUUAGCCCAUGGCAGUGAUGCCUCGUACCAGCGAGUGCCGUCUCUGAGGCUAGAGGGCUCCUCCUCCCUUGAAAAGCUCAAUACCAGCUUGCCCUCUGUCAACUGUGGGCCCUGGUACAACGACAGUAAUGGCAACAGCCGGGUGCCCAGUCCUAGCCCCAGCGUGUCAAUGUCCAAUCAAAGACCGCGGCCGGUGUCGCUUACAGUGCCCUCGCUACUGGGCAAAGACUCCAGCUCACUGUGUCACGGCAGCGCAAGCAGUCUGGUGGAGGCGGUGUUAAUAUCAGAGGGUUUGGGUCAUUUUGCCCAGGACCCGUCGUUCAUCGAGGUGACCAAAGCCGAGUUGGCCGAUGCAUGUGACAUGACCAUUGAAGAGAUGGAGCACGCCGCCAAAAACAUUCUCAACGGCAACACCGCAACCAACGCCACAUCCUGCACCUCCUCCACCUCCCAGCACAGCCCCAAUGGCAACCUCCUCCCCUUCCACACAGCAGCAGCAAUGCACAGGGACCAAGUGGUCAGCGAGGGUGAGGAAGAAGUCAGAGAAAGCAGAGGCUCUGUCCAUGAGCCGUCCUCAUUGGAGGAGCGGCAGGAGCUGCUAGCAGGGGGGAGGGGACGAGAAGAGGAGGAGGAAGAGGUGGUAGGGCGAGAGGAGGGGCAACACAGAGGCUCAGUUGUGAUUGGAGGAGCGCAGCACAGGAACAGCGGGCUGUUGGAGGACGAAGAUAUGGAGUGUGUGACAAGUUUGUAGGAGUUAGAUUGACGGGUUUGAUUGGCCAACUGGCCCCUCUGACAUCAUCAGAGACUGACGCUUGUCAAUGCUGGGUAACAGCGCCGCGGCUAGCUCUGUCUGUCCCCGCCCCGCACACACACACUCACACACACACACACACACACACACACAGUGUCUGCCUCUCUGCCAGACGCUCUGUAAGCGCUCUGGACAAUGGCGGCCAGUGACGCAACCUCAAACACCUGGUUAUGACUUUGUUGGUAAAUAUGACUUUGUAUGUGUGUGAAUGUUUGUAGUCAAGUAUACCACACUAUACUCUAUACUAUCUGAGUGUAUGCUUGUAUGUGACCUAUGAUUUGUACGUGUGCGUGAGUGCGUGUGUUCUACACGUGUCUGAGUGUGUCUCUAAAGUGCCUCACAGUUUUAUCCUGUCCUCAAAGUUUGACAUGCAGAAAAGAAGAGAGAAGCAAAAAAGCAAGGAGAAAGUAGAAAUGAAGGAAAGGUAGAAAGGAAACAACAGAAGCAGGAAGUCAUUUUAUGGAUUUCCUCCUGUGAACAUGGUGUGUUUAUUGUUUUCAUUUCCUAUGCCUACUUAGGUGUUGUGUUAGUGUUGUUUGUCUGGCCGCCAUGAAGCCAGGUAGGGGACAGCAGACCAGCUUGGUGGGGGGGUGGGGGUCAGUUAAUGAUUUAACUCUGACCACACCCACUUGUGGUCAAAUGUCAACUCCUACUUUUUGGUUCACUGAUGAUGAAGCGCUGUAUUGAGUAAACGGGGCGAGGAAAGCCCUGUUUGAAAUCUCUUCCUCUUCCAAAGCUAAGGAACCUUGGAGCACAGCCCUGCCAGCCUGGGGGUGGGAUUAAGGUGUGUGGGGGGGGAUUUGAGGGAUGGCACAACAGCCACAACAGGGCUUCUGUAGGGGGCCACGGGCAGAGAGAGACACUCUCUGGCCAACAGGAGGCUGGCCAGCUCUUUUGUACGCUGUUCAGCGAGAGACAAACUCACCUCGUCCGUCACCUUGAUCUGGCUUCGCCUCCUCUGCCGCUUUUUCUUGUUUGACCAUGCCCACAACCUGCCCCAGACAGGAAAUGGGAGGAGCAUUUGGUGGCUAAGCAAAGACAGCGAGCCCCCUUUUCUGCCUCAUACCUCGCCGUUCCUCACUCCUCCCUUUCUCCUUCCUCACUCUUAUUUGGUUAUACCACAACCCUUCUUCCUCCAUCGCUGUUUUUUUUGCUUUUUUAGCCCUCAGGAAGUGAGGGUGUCAAAUGGGGCAGCAAAGAAGGAGGGUGGAGGAGAGAACGGGAGUGACCGAUUGAAAAGAAAACUAACUCGGGGGAUGGCUCUACAGAGGAUCUGUCUGUCAAUCAACCUCACUUCCUUCUCCCAGACCCUCCUUUUCCUCUCAGCGUAGAAUCCUUUUGGAUUUGCUACAACACACUCUCUCUACAGACCACGCCCACUAUGUAUUUAACAGUUCAAUAUUGUGCAAAACUGGCUAGCCAUGACAAUUUUGUUUUAUAUUCAUGAUGUUAUUGGUUUAAUUUAUCCUUGAUUUGUUUGCACAAUCGGGGUGCUGUUCUUAUAAAUGAAUUUUUGCUCGGUUUAUUUUAGGAGAAUUUUAAGAGGUUUUAAGUAUUGAAGCAGGGCGUAGUGUUUGCGUGCGAGUGUAUAACUAUAUUGGUGCGUGCGGUUGUGUGUCUGCGUUUUAGUACAGAAUGCAUGUAUGCACAAAUGUGUGAGAUAGUGUGUGUAUCUAAAAGGGGGUCUUUCUCUCUAUCAGUAUGCACCUUUUACAGAUUGUAUCUAUUUAUUUAUUUAUUUUUCCCAGAAGAGAAAAAUGUGUGUGAGAAUGUGCAUUUGUAUGUGUGCGUGCCUGUGUCCGAGUGGUUACUUAUGUAUUCUAAACAGCAGAUUUUAAGCCUAGACACUAAAUUAAGGUAGCAUUACAAGUAUGGUAUUUUGUGAGUGUGUGUGCGCAAGGAUGUGUGUGCGUGUGUGUGUGUGUGUGUGUGUGUGUGAGAUAAUGGGCCUCCUUAACACAGGGUUACCAUGGACAGGCAUGCUUCCAAAGCUUUGGGAUUUCUUUAGCACGGUUUUUACUUUUUAGCCAAGCUGCAGAGUCAGAAGCCAUUCUAUCUUUGAAAUGUUGUCAUCUUAUAACUUUUUUUUUCUAUUUCUCUGUUUAGAUGUAAUUAGGCGUAAGGUCUCCAGCGAGGUCAGAGUGACGGUUAAGUUUACAGUGGUGAUGAGUUUUGGCAUUGCAGCUUGGCCGGAGGGGAACAAGCCUUUUGGCAAUUGCUGCUUUUCUUCUUUAUGGUGGAUUGUUGUUUUGAAUGGUAGAAGCACCAAAUUUGCACUGCCACAGUGACGCCUCGUGAAUGAACUAGGGGGUGAGUCACUGAUUGCUCGGCUUUGACACACCAUAAUCACACAAUUUCAUAAUUUAAUCAUAGUUUAAACUCCAAAUUAAACUAUUAGGGCUGGUGUACAGAUGGUGCAAGACUUCUGAAUCACAUCUCUUUGUCUGAGGUCUGCUCAUAUCACAAAACAUUAUUGUCAUUGUUAGAAAUAAAACACCUCCCUGUCUGUAAUAUCAUUUACUGGUAAAAUUAAUUACUGAAAUAAAUUAUACUACAAACAGGUAACUUACUGUCAGUUGAUUAGAUGUGAUAAUUGUUUGGUUAACGUGAGAAUAAUUGAAUACAGAUCAGUAAACUAUCAGCUGGGAGGGAAGUUGCGUCCUGGAUGAUUCCCCAGUGGUGCAAUUUUUGUCUUUUCAUUUUCUUCUAAUGGCUUUUAGGUAGCUUGCUGACAACCUUUUACUGACCUUUGUCUUUUAUAGUUUGGAUUCACCUGAGAUAAGGUAUUACCACAUGAUGCCAUGGCCAGUUAUGGACCUCAGGCACCUCAGUACAUUACACAGGGCAUAGGUCUCCCCUUGGUGUUGUAUCUUCUCCAAAAAA